AUGUAUGGACAUUUUGUGUUGAUUUUCGUGUUGACAUACGCGAUUGAGUCCGAUGCGGCCUAUAGCAUGGAGUUGCCGGACACCCUCUGUAACUCAACGAUACGCUACAAUGUUAGAUAUGCAGUGAGCACUAUUGUGAAUAGAUACUUCGUGCCAAGCUCCAGCGAAAUGAUGGUGUCCGCCCAUGCGAAGCAUAAGCAGUCGUGGCGGCUCAUGCAGGAUUUGCUCACUUGUGCGAUGCCAUUUAUGUUUAACAUCAAGCUGCAAAUCGAAACCUUGGACGCGCCACGCUUUCCAACCCAUGCAAGAAAUUACAAUCUGCUGCUUAUCGAUGGAAUGCAGGCGUUAAGUGAGCUGGAUCCAGCAUUGUAUACGAAAGACUUCGAUUUCCCCGAGCACUAUUUGAUACUCCUAAUAGACCCAGACACAUCUCUUAUGCCAAAUCUGCUCAUCACCAGCAUCUUGAGCUACUUCUUUCGCAACUAUCUCAUCAACGUCAGCGUUUUGUAUGAAAGUAAGCCCRAUUAUGUCGAAGUCUACACAUAUUUUCCUUUCAUGGAUAGAAGUGCGUGUAAGGCAAACAACGUGCGUUUAAUUAAUGCGUACAAUGGCACUUGGGCUAAGCCACUGGCGACGAAUAUCUUUCCGAAYAAGCUCACGGAUUUUCAGAAUUGUUCGCUCACAGUGGCUGUCUGGGACUCGCCGCCGUAUUUAAGUUACUACCCCAAUAGAAGUGGUUUUGCGCAGUUGGGUUCUUUCGAAGGCGAUAUGCUCGUCGAAUUAGCGAAGAAGCUCAACUUUAGCAUGGAGCUGGUGGAGCCAGCGAACGAUGAGCAACGCGGUCGCUACUUGGAGAAUGGUAGCCUAACUGGCGCCUUGCAAUUGCUGCAUGAUCAUAUGGCGGACUUAAGUUUGGGUUGCUUCCGUUACACUGUAGAACGUUGUGCGCUGCUCACUGGUGCWCUGCCGUACUAUCAGACCUGGGAAAUAUUUGGUGCCCARUUGACUGGUGAAACCUACUCAUCUUUGGAAAUAUUCACACUCCCCUUCGACGCGGGGACUUGGUUUGGACUCUUAUUCAGUUUCCAAUUAAUCAUGCUUCUAGCCUAUAUUGUAUACCAUCGCAGCAAGGACUCAGCGCUUGCCCACAUUAUGAUUGGUUAUCCGAAACCACGUUCUCCCCUAAUCAACGCAUACAGCUUGUUUCUCGGUAUUGCCGUGCAACGAACUCCACGCACAAACUUCACACGUUUCGUACUGAUUAUGUGGAUCAUUUAUGGUUAUGUGAUGCGCAGUGCCUAUCAGAGCUUUCUCUAUCAACUACUACAAACUGAUCUCUACCGUACACCGCCACAAACUAUCUUCGAACUCAUCGAAGCCGGUUACUCUCUCGUAAUGACCCCGUCUACACUGCGCACAGUGAAUGUGGCUCCCCUGAUACGUAGCGGUCACAUACCAAUUAUACUAAACAACAGCACAUACGAAUGGAAGACUUACGAAAUGGUGGAGCAAAUAGGUGGAAGGUUGGCUGGCGUUUCGCCAAAAGACUAUCUCACUUACUAUGUGAUGUCGAAGGGUGAACGUGGUGCUUUCUAUGUGCUGCCCGAUCGAUUCUUUGCUCACCACAUCACUAUGUACUUCCCAAAGCAUAGCUACUUGAUUGAUCGGUUYAAUUUCUUGCUCAUGCAAUUGCGCAGCGAAGGUCUGAUCGAUCACUGGGCUGAGAAGUAUCUAGAYGUGAGUUACUUUGAUCCAGCUGCGGCCGUAGAGAACGAUGCGCUGRAUUUAGACGACCUGGGUGGAUUGUUUUUGAUGUAUCUGGCGUUGGUUGCCUUAGCGACGCUGGUAUUUCUUGUGGAAUUGCUGUGGGGCAGAUGGGGAUGGACAAUGUGA